CUCGUAUAAAGCUCGACUGGGCUUCUCUGUUAGUCAUCCCACUAUCAACCACAUCGACCUGAAUAGUCGGCAUCGUAUUGUCUUCUAAAGAAGCUAACAGUUGAGUACCUUUGGGGAAGCCCACCCCCUGUGUGGCCACCAUGGGGGACGAAAGCGAGUGGAUGAAGCUUCCCAUCGACCAGAAAUGUGAACACAAGGUGUGGAAAGCGCGACUGAACGGUUAUGAAGAAGCUCUGAAGUUGUUCCAGAGGAUAGAAGACGAGAAGAGUCCAGAGUGGGGGAAGUACCUGGGACUGAUAAAGAAGUUUGUCACAGACUCCAAUGCCGUGGCUCAACUCAAAGGCCUGGAGGCGGCUCUGGCCUUUGUUGAGAACGCACAUGUAGCUGGAAAAACAACAGGUGAGGUGGUUUCCGGUGUUGUGACCAAAGUGUUCAACCAGCCGAAGGCCCGGGCCAAGGAGCUGGGCACAGACAUCUGUCUCAUGUACAUAGAGAUUGAGAAAGCUGAGGUGGUUCAAGAGGAGCUCCUCAAAGGACUGGAAAACAAGAACCCCAAGAUAGUGGUGACCUGCUUCGAGGCUCUGCGGAGGGCUCUCAGUGAGUUUGGGUCUAAAAUUGUGACGUUGAAGCCAGUAGUGAAGGCUUUACCCAAACAGUUUGAGUCCAGAGAAAAGGCAGUGAGAGAUGAAGCCAAACUUCUCGCUAUAGAGAUCUACAAAUGGAUCAGAGACGCUCUGAGACCUCCGCUGCAGAGCAUUAACUCUGUACAGCUGAAGGAGCUGGAGGAGGAGUGGGUGAAGCUGCCUACAGCGCCUCCUAAGCAGACCAGGUUCCUGCGCUCACAGCAGGACCUGAAGGCCAAGUUUGAACAGCACCAAGCCCAAGGAGGAGACCAGUCGGAUGGAGAUGAUGAGGUGGACACUGUGGCACCAGUGGAUCCUUAUGAGCUGCUGGAAGCUGUGGAGAUUCUGUCCAAGAUGCCAAAAGACUUCUAUGACAAAAUAGAAGCUAAAAAGUGGCAGGAGAGGAAAGAAGCUCUAGAGGCCGUGGAGACUCUCAUCAAGAACCCCAAAAUAGAGAACGGAGAAUACGGAGACCUCGUUAGAUCACUGACCAAGGUUGUGGGCAAAGAUGCAAACGUGAUGCUGGUGACGCUAGCAGCGAAAUGUCUGGCUGGACUGGCCGCUGGUCUCAGGAAGAAGUUUGGAACAUAUGCAGGACAUGUGGUUCCAACUCUUCUGGAGAAGUUCAAGGAGAAGAAGCCUCAGGUUGUCCAGGCCCUGCAGGAGGCUAUGGACGCCAUCUUUCACACAACCACUCUGCAGAACAUGUCGGAGGAUAUCCUGGGUGUGAUGGACAAUAAGAAUCCUUCUAUAAAGCAGCAUGCCUCUCUGUUUCUGGCCCGCUCCUUCAGACACUGCACACAGGCCACGCUGCCCAAGAGUGUCCUCAAACCCCUCUGUGCUGCUCUCAUCAAGCAAGUGAACGACUCUGCUCCAGAGGUGCGUGAAGCUGCGUUUGAAGCCUUGGGGACGGCCAUGAAAGUGGUCGGGGAGAAAGCUGUUAACCCCUUCCUGAGUGACCUGGAUAAACUCAAACUGGAUAAGAUAAAGGAGUGUGCAGAUAAAGUGGAGCUUCCUGGAGGAAAGAAGGGUGCAGGUGGAGGUGCAGAUAAGAAGCCAGCAGCUAAGGCUCCUCCCCCUGCUGAAGCCCCACCCAAAUCCUCUGGCCCACCCAAGAAGAGCCAAGCUUCUGCAGCCAGCAAGCCUUCUGCAGGUCCAGCUAAGAAAGGAAAACCAGCUGCAGCAGCUGGUGGAAAAACCAAGAAAACAUCAGACAACAAAGAAGUGGUAGAGACUGAACUCUCUAUUGAGGUGUGUGAAGAGCUGGCAGCUGGUGUUCUUCCUGCCUCCUGUCUGCAGCAGCUGGACUCCGCUAACUGGAAGGAGAGACUGGCCAGUAUGGAGGAGUUCCAGAAGGCUGUUGAGACUAUGGAUAAGGCUGUGAUGCCCUGCCAAGCUUUAGUCCGGAUGUUAGCCAAGAAACCCGGCUGGAAAGAGACAAACUUCCAGGUGAUGCAGAUGAAGCUGCAUGUCGUGGCUCUUAUAGCUCAGCGGGGACAGUUUUCAAAGACCUCAGCGUCUGUUGUGUUGGAGGGUUUGGUGGAUAAGGUUGGAGACGUCAAAUGUGGUGGAAAUGCCAAAGAGGGACUGACUGCUAUUGGAGAGGCCUGCUCUCUGCCUUGGACUGCAGAACAGCUUGUGUCAAUGGUAUUUGCACAGAAGAACCCCAAAAAUCAGGCCGAAAGUCUGAACUGGCUGGCUAAUGCCAUGAAGGAGUUUGGAUUUGCUGGCAUCAAUGUGAAGGCUUUCAUCAACAACGUGAAGACGGCUCUGGGAGCGACUAACCCCGUUAUUCGGUCGUCUGCCAUCACCCUGCUGGGAGUCAUGUACCUGUACAUGGGAGCUCCUCUGCGCAUGUUCUUUGAAGAUGAGAAGCCCGCUCUCCUCGCUCAGAUUGACGCCGAGUUUGAGAAGAUGCAGGGACAGUCUCCACCGGCUCCAACCAGACUCGCCAAGAAGGCAGCUGCGAUGGAUGCUGGUGAUGAUGGAGAGGAGCAGGAAGAAGAUGGAGGAGGAGGAGGAGGACAAGACAUCAUGGAUCUGCUGCCCAGAACAGAUAUCAGUGACAAGAUAACGCCUGAUCUGGUGUCAAAGAUUGAGGAUAAGAACUGGAAGAUCAGGAAGGAGGGUCUUGAUGAGACUGCGGCCAUCAUCUCCGAGGCCAAGUUCAUCACAGCCAACAUCGGGGAUCUGCCUUUGGCCCUGAAAGGUCGACUCGGUGACUCCAACAAAAUCCUGGUCCAGCAGACCCUGACUAUCCUACAGCAGCUGGCAACAGCAAUGGGACCUGGACUCAAGCAGCAUGUUAAGGCACUGGGAAUCCCUGUGAUCACUGUGCUAGGAGACAGCAAGGUUAAUGUACGAGCAGCUGCCAUGGCAACUCUACAAGCCUGGGUGGAGCAGACCGGGAUGAAGGAUUGGCUGGAAGGAGAAGACUUUUCAGAGGAGCUGAAGAGAGAGAAUCCCUUCCUACGGCAGGAGGUGCUCGGCUGGUUAGCAGAGAAACUUCCCACCCUGAGGAGCGUCCCCGCAGAUCUCAUGCUGUGUGUCCCUCAGCUCUACAUCUGCCUGGAGGACCGAAACGGAGACGUGAGGAAGAAAGCUCAGGAUGCCCUGCCCACCUUCAUGAUGCACAUUGGCUACGACAAGAUGCUCAAAGCUACUGGGAAACUCAAAACGUCCUCUAAGGAUCAGGUGGCAGGCAUGUUGGAAAAAGCUCGGGCUGUGAUGCCGGCUAAACCUGCAGCUCCUGCCAAAGCUGGAGGAAAAGGCUCUGCAGAGCCGAGAGCACCCUCAGCCACCAGGUCUCAGCCAGCUGCUGAUGAUUGUGACAGUAAACCUGAGGUGAAGAAGGUCCGAGGAGGAGCGGCUGCGAAGAAGCCCUCCUCCCCUCCUGAGGAAUCCGCCCCUCCCCCUCCCUCCAAGGACAAGGACAGUAAUGCUAGUAAAAAGCCACUGGGCAAAGGCAAGGCUGCAGCUGGCAGUCAACAGGGUGCAGCUGGCAAGAAGCCUGCAGCCAAAGGCCUGAAGGAUGAUGAAGAUAGGUCCGGGCCAAUCUUCGUCCUUAUCCCCAAUGCUAAGGAGCAGAGGAUCAAGGAGGAGAAGCAGCUGAAGGUCUUGAAAUGGAACUUCAUGACUCCUCGAGAUGAAUAUGUGGAGCAGCUGAAGACUCAGAUGUCCACCUGCUUUGCUAAGUGGCUGCAGGACGAGCUCUUCCACUUCGACUUCCAGAGACACGUCAAGGCCAUCGGAGUCAUGAUCGAGAGGAUGGAGAAUGAGAGCGAGGCCACCAUAAGCUGCCUGGACCUGAUCCUGAAGUGGUUCACCCUGCGCUUCUUUGACACCAACACCACAGUCCUGAUGAAGGUGUUGGAGUAUCUGAAGCUGCUGUUUGCCAUGCUGAACAGAGAGGACUACCACCUGACUGAGUACGAGGCCAACUCCUUCAUCCCCUACCUCAUACUUAAGGUCGGAGAGUCCAAGGAUGGGGUUCGUAAGGAUGUGCGAGCCAUACUGGGAAUGCUGUGUAAGGUUUACCCUGCAUCCAAGGUCUUCCCUUUACUGAUGGAUGGAACCAAAUCCAAGAACUCCAAACAGAGAGCAGAAUGUCUGGAGGAGUUGGGAUGUUUAAUAGAGGGCUAUGGGAUGAAUGUAUGCCAACCCACGCCUGCAAAGUCUCUGAAGGAGAUCGCUGUUCACAUUGGUGACAGAGACACGUCUGUCCGCAACGCUGCGCUGAACACCGUGGUGGCCGUCUACAACGUCUGUGGGGAACAAGUCUACAAACUCAUAGGAAAUUUGUCAGAGAAAGACAUGAGCAUGCUGGAGGAGAGAAUCAAGCGCUCAGCGAAGAAGACUGCUGCAGCUCCCGCCAAGCCGAGCGCGCCAGAAAGAUCUCAGAGAGAGCACCCUACAAACCCCAACGCCACCUUUCUCCGCAAACCUGCACAGGAAGACCCGAACAAACUCAACCAAGCCCGCCAGAACGCCCAACACAGCGAGUCCUCCCACCCGUCCAUCCCCAGGGAGUUCCAGUUGGACCUGGACAUGAUCGAGAUGGACCAGAGCAGGGUGUGUGAGCUGCCCGACCUCGUCCAGCACAAGCUGGAUGAGCUGCUGGAGCCCAUCAUGAUCCCCGAACCCAAGAUGCGUUCCGUCUCUCCACACUUUGACGACCUCCACAACAGCACGGCCUCCACGAUCAACUUCGUCAUCUCUCAGGUGGCGAGUGGUGACAUAAACACCAGCAUACAGGCGCUGGCACAGAUCGACGAGGUGUUGCUGCAGGAGGACAAAGCAGAAGUCAUGUCGGGUCACAUCGAUCAGUUCCUCAUCGCCACCUUCAUGCAGCUGAGGCUCAUCUACAGCACACACAUGGCCGACGACCGGCUGCCCAAGAAGGACAUCAUCCGACUGUACAGCUGCAUCAUUGGAAACAUGCUCUCUCUGUUCUCCAUGGAGUCUCUGGCCAGAGAGGCGUCUAUGGGCGUGCUGAAGGACCUCAUGCACGGCCUGAUCACUCUGAUGUUGGACGGCAGAGUGGAGGACAUAGAAGACGGACAGCAGCUCAUCAGGUCUGUCAACCUGCUGGUCAUCAGAGUCCUGGAGAAGUCUGACCAGACCAACAUGAUCAGCGCUCUGCUGGUUUUGCUACAGGACAGUUUAGUCGCAACCGCUGGUCCCCCCAUGUUCUCUGACCUGGUUAUGAAGUGUCUGUGGAGGAUUAUCCGCUUCCUCCCAGAGACCAUCGACAGCAUCAACCUGGACCGAAUUCUACUAGACGUCCACAACUUCAUGAAGGUUUUCCCCAAAGAGAAACUCAAGCAGCUCAAGAACGACGUCCCCCACAGAACCCUGAAGACCCUGUUACACACACUCUGCAAGCUCACCGGGCCCAAGAUCCUGGACCACUUAUCAAUGAUCGAGAAUCGUAACGAGUCCGAGUUGGAGGCUCAUCUGAGGCGGGUGGUUAAACUCCCUGGAAACCUCUCAGGGCACAAGGGUGACCGUGGCAACGAGAAGGGCGGUCUGCGCAUGGAUGAUCGAAUGUCAAAGUCAAAGGUCAGUGACAUCCUGUCUGAAAUCUUCAAGAAGAUCGGCUCCAAGGAGAACACUAAAGAGGGUUUGACGGAGUUGUAUGAAUACAAACAGAAGUACUCGGAUGCAGACCUGGAGCCCUUCCUCAAAAACACGUCGCAGUUCUUCCAGAGCUACGUGGAGAGAGGCCUCCGCAUGAUCGAGUCCGAGAGGGAGGGCAAGGCUCGCAUCCAGACCUCUGCAGUGAUCCCUCAGCACGGUGUGGACUCCAGUCUGAGCAGUAACAAUGAAGAGCUGAAACCAGCGGUUUACUACGAGAGACUGAAAAUCCUUAGACAGAGACAGGGCCUGGAAAACAACGCCAGGCAGGGCAUCGUAGGAGGCGAGGACGAGCCCCAGCACCGACCUCCCAUCUCAUCCCUGCUCUCCUCCAAGCCGUCGGUGGCCUCCUCCACCGACAUGCUCAACAGCAAGCUGUCUCAGCUCAAAGAGUCCCGAGAGCUGUACCAACAGGAACACAACACACACUCCCACUCCCCGACGCACACACACACCCGCUCCGCCUCGCCUGCGGCCAACCUGGACGACCUGAAGAAGCGUCUGGAGAGAAUAAAGAGCAACCGGCAGUGAGGAGCCCCCACUAUCGCCACCUCAUCUCAUCUGCAAAAAAAAAAAAAAGCCUGUGGAGUUCAGCUGGUAGAACAUCCAUCGUCCUUUUCAAAAAUCCCUCUGUGUUCAUUUUUAAUGUGCUGGUAGAUGGAGAUAGAAAGCACUUCCAGCCCACUCCUCUGUUUCAAUAAACCAGGUAGCAACAAACAAAAUACACCCUCGAGUUUGAACCUGACUCCACCCACUGUGCCUGUACGUUAUUAGAAAUAAAACAUACCUUAAUCUGAUUGUAUAGUUGGGUACAUUCAGAUUGAUCUAAGGCUGUGACUGGGAUUUUUAGCACACACACACACAGCUGGACCCAAUUUUAGCUUAUAAUCAAACUUCACACACACAUCAUGUUUGUUUGUUUGUGUUGACCAUCAGAAGAGAUUAACCCCGAGUGAGUCCUAACCUGUGUCAACUGUCGUUCUCAGUCUGUACAGUUUCAUCACUCCACCGUGUCCCAGCCUCCAAACUCCACUGUAGUAUAAUGACAUAGUGAAUUUACCCUCCUCCUCCUCUCUGUUUUAGAAUCACCACACAAAAUGUUUGUACAUAUUUAAAUGUUGUUAACCACUUUAAAACGUCAUGAAGAGCGUCUUGUGUGGCUGCAGGGGGGAAGCGACUGACAGGUUGUUUGUUCCUGUUAAACCAUAAUGCACCACGUCGCUGCUGCUGCUGCUUCUGCUGCUGCUGUGUUUGGAAGGAGAAACACUGCUGUAAAUAGCUGAGGAAGCUGUGUAAAUGCAGUGCUGGACUGCCCCCUUGUGGCUGAAGCUGGUACCACUCUUAAAUGUCAGUGAUGGCAGCUGAAGUCCAGUCUGUGAAAAAAAAACACACAAAUCAGUGACUGUUAUUUGGUGGCAAGGUUAUAAAAACAACUCUGCAAACUGGACUUCAAGCUCCAGCAUUUACUUGAAUAAACAAGUGAGUUUAACUGCAUUUACACAGUGGAGAGAAGCCCUCUGUUUUCUUUCUGCUGACUGUAGAAACCACAGCUGUGUAGACUUUAACGGGCGUGUUCAGUCAGGGUAACAUGUGUAUCCUUUUUUAUUUUAUUUUUCAUUCUGAAAGAGUUAUGUGGCCUUUCUGUACAUGGUUGUUCAAAGGCAGUGGUCUUUUAGUCCUUAUAUUUAAAGUGGCAUUGUUAUUUUAAAAUCUGAGUUCUUUUAGUACUUAUUUUGGGGUCUAAAUGAUCAGACGUUAUGGCUUCAUAUUUGUAGAUUGCUUCUGUUGCAGCAGCAAAAUAGUCAGAGCUGUUUGCUACAUCGCUUCCUUUCAAACGAACAAACUUCAUUAACAAAGGUGGUUGAAGAAGAAAAAAAUGGAAGAACUUUGGAGUUGCUGUUAAGCCGCUGCUUUCUUCUGCACAGUUAUUUCUGUUUUUGUUAAAGGAAUUUGGUAGAGUCGGGCUGUGAUUCGUUUAGACCCCAAAAUAUGUUAAAUACAUAUCCCCAGGUUAAAAAUACAGAAAACCUUUAAAGUUAAACAGUUUUUAAUAACUGCUGAAGUGGCACAAAUGAGCGUUAGCUGCCGUUACUGUCCAGCCAGUCGGCACGGAGAUUCUGUCCCCUAUUUCAUCAGGCAGUGGAGACCAAGCAGAGGCGUACACCGGUGUGUUUAGGUUGUGUGUUUGAUUGUUUAGUGGGUUGACAUAUGGCUGUAAAUACUGUACGUAAUGUCCUCCAUUAACACCUCCCUUCAGUUAUUUAACAGCAGCCACUCUGAUGUGUUUGUAGGCUUUUAAAGAGCAUGGCAUGAAGUCAGUGAUUGUUUUUAUUUCCUCAUGUAAAUAAAGUUUUCAUGAAUAAAAACCCUCUGUUUAAUAAAGCCAUUGUUUUACUGAUGAAGACCACGAUGAGGAGGAUGAUGAUGGUCAUGACCCUGUCAGUCAUCUGCUCAGUAGCUGAAUGUUAAGUAAGAAAUAUUAAUAACAUUGUUUUUGUAUUUAAUUCCGAUGUCAGUACGCGUUCAUUGUUGCUCCAGCUUUCCUUGUAUAAUCCAUAGUGGAAAAUGGCAAUAAAGUCUUGUUGUUUUUUUUAACAAUC